AGCAAAUCUAUAGACUCUUCCAUUAACUAAUUCAUUGUUUACACCGAACAUAAAAAAAGAUUGAACAAUUUACAAUCCUUUUUCCAAUAAGUUCAACUCAGCAUAUAUAAUCUCCUCUCCACCAAUCCUAAAAAUCCUACCAAGUAGUCAAGUACUAGCCAGCUUCAAUUUGAUCAUAAACAUAUCAUGUAUUCAACGAACGCAAAUAAUUACGAAAAGUCGCCGCAGCCAUCUGCGCCACCUGCAUAUCAGUAUGGUCAGCCUCCUCCGAUCACCGGAGUUCCUAUGCAGUACUCCUCCGAACCUGCCAUGUGGUCCACCGGCCUCUUCGACUGCUUAUCCGACUUCCCACAAUGUGUUGUAACAUGUUGUUGUCCGUGUAUUUCUUUUGGGCAGAUUGCGGAAAUAGUGGAUAAAGGAUCGAAUUCAUGUGUUACAAGUGGAGCACUAUAUGCACUGCUAGCAUUAGUAACCGGCUGUGGAUGCAUGUAUUCAUGUUUCUAUAGAACCAAGAUGAGAAAACAAUACAUGCUGGAGGAAAGCCCCUGCGGUGAUUGUUUGGUGCACUUGUGUUGCGAGCCCUGCGCCCUGUGUCAGGAGCACCGUGAGCUUCGUAUUCGUGGCUUCGACAUGUCUCUCGGAUGGCAAGGGAACCUGGAGAGACAGAGUGGCGGAAUGGCCAUGGCACCUAUAGUACCUCAGAGUGGAAUGCGCAGAUGAAGAGGGACGACGCCUGCUUUACUUGACUAGGUGUUUUUUGCGUUUUUCAGCCCAUAGAUUUGUCAUUUGUGCACUGUAUUUAAGUUCAUAUCCCAUUUUUUCCUUAGAUUUGUGCCGAUACUUUCAAAGAUUUCCUUAGAUUUCCUUGCUGUAUAUUCAAUUACUCGCUUUUAAAUUUCAAAUUCAAUGAGCUUGA